UACCGCAGUCCUGCCCGGGACCCGGGGGACAGGAGUCAGGCCGGGAGGGGACACCGGCCGCCGGCACCGAGCGACUCCCGCUCACGGUUCCUGUCAGUCACUCAACUCACACCCACCGCGUGUGAACGAGCUGACGUCACGCUGUCCACUCUCCUCCACGCACGGGGAGAGAGGGAAGGAGGCAGGGAUGAUGAUGAUGGGCGGAGGGGGAGGAGGGUCCGUGCGCGCCCGCGCGAGGGGGGCCAGCAGAAAAUGGCGAGUGUGUGUAAGAGCCAGCAAUGCUGUAUCGAGAGGCGCGGCUUUCGCCAGGAACUUGACUCGUGGCGGUACAAGCUCAUUCACUGUUGGUGUCCUGCAUAAAAAGACAUUUGCUUUGAUAACCCUAAGUUUUGAGAGUAUUUUAGAAGGGCUGUUUGGACCAGGAUUACUUAAAGAUCUCAGCUUAUUUAAAGACUGUGAACCUACAGGUGUUUGUGAUUGGUCCUUUGAUGAAAAUUGCCUUUUCUGCUGCUUGAGACGAGAAAAAGUUAAGGAGCAUUUAGCUGGCUUUCGUAAACCAAUCUCUGAAUCUGGCCAAGAAAACAUACUCAAACAGGAGCAAGCAAAAAUAAUCCGGUUAGAGAGACAAGCAGAAGAGUUCCUCAAUGCAGUCUUCUACAAGAAAGACAGCCCUAGGAUCUCCGAUCCUAAUAUUCCUUUAGUUGCUCGCGAGAUCAUGCAGCGAAUGAUUCGACAGUUUGCUGCUGAAUAUACCUCAAAGAAUAGCUCAACUCAGGACUCCAGCCAGCCCAAUAGCACAAAGAACCAAAGCUUGCCGACACCACCACCCUCUGGACAAAGUUCUCCGCCUGCUACUACUCAGAAUCCUGUGCUUAGCAAACUUCUGAUGGCUGACCAAGACUCUCCUCUAGACCUCACUGUCAAAAAGCCCCUAUCAGAAGAACCCUGUGAGCAAGCAGAUGGAGUGCUCGAUCUAUCCACUAAGAAGAGUCCAUGUUCCAGUAGCACGCAUGCAAGCAUUUCUCCAAGUACCUCAAACUCUAUAGGGAAUGGGCGACCUGGGAGACCCAGCCAGCACCGUCCAGAUGGACUUCCACGCAGUGGUGAUGGGGUGCCUCCAAGAAAUUUUCUGGAUGCAACCAGGGAAACUUAUGGCCACUCCACACCCCUAAAAGUGCCAUUGGCUCGCUCCUUACAGAUUAGUGAGGAAUUGCAUAGCAGAAAGAUCUCCACAGCUGCCAGCCAUGGUUCAUCGGGACUGCAGAAUCAAGGCCAGCAUUUGAUCUUAUCCAGGGAAGCUUCUUGGGCAAAGCCACACUACGAACUAAAUUUUGGCCGUGUGAAAUAUAGGGGUAAUGGAGCACUCAGCAACAUCAGUGACCUGCCUUUUCUCACAGAAAAUGCAAAUACUUUUCAUAAAAAUAGUCAAAACAAACAUGAAAUUAAGAAGGAAAUGGGCCUUUCUUCUCCAGUUGAUUUAAAAAUUCCACAGGUCCGCGGCAUGGAUCUGUCUUGGGAUUCCCGGAGCGGGGAAUUGUACAAUUACAACUCUUUGGUAAUGGGUUCACAAACAGAGAGCGCACUUAGCAAAAAAUUACGGACUAUCCUUCCAAAGCAAAAUCGGAGAAACUUACUGGAGACUAGCGCUGAUUCCUGGAGCUCAGAUGUUGAGCAGUCUACCUCUGGACAGCCGUACCCCACCUCAGAUCAAGAAGGCGACGCUGGCUCGAAACAACCAAGGAAAAAACGAGGGAGAUACAGACAGUAUAACAGCGAGAUAUUGGAGGAAGCAAUCGGUGUUGUCAUGAAUGGCAAAAUGAGCGUCUCAAAAGCGCAAAGCAUCUACGGGAUUCCUCACAGCACACUGGAGUACAAAGUCAAAGAGCGGCUAGGCACACUAAAAAACCCUCCAAAGAAAAAGCUAAAACUAAUGAGGUUGGAAGAACCAGAUGGCGCAGUAAAAAGUGAACUGGAUCCUCAGGACGAGGUGGUGGCAUCGCCAACUGCAAGUGAAUCUAAAGAUGAAUAGGCAUGCUGUAAAGUCCUCAGUCUAGUAAACGAGUUGUAACCAAAUUGGGCGAGCACGUCUGCAUUCUGAGUGAGCACACUUGUCACCUGCUUAACUUAUUGUGAAACUCGAUGGCAGUUUCCUACCAGACCUCUAUACAGGUGGAAGUUGUGUGCUCACCAUCAGGCAGAUCUGUAAAUUCCUCACGCCCAGUAAACAACCCUUGAAUACUUUGUUUGGCCUUUACGCAUGCUUUUAUUUUCAAUAGAGAAUUGUUACCUCAACAAGAGAACCUCUACAUGUAACUAUGGACUCGUUGCUUUUGAGCCUACAUGUAUUGUUUUCUUUAUGUAUAUUUUAAACCUUUGAACACAAGUCCACUUUAAGAAAAAAAACGGAAAAAAAAACCCAACAAUUUCAGGAGUCGCUUAAGUAAAUACAACCAAUGUCUAGGGACAAAGAGAAACUUCUAAAGAUAGUUUAAUUAAUUAAUUCAAUCAAUUCAAUUCCUCCAAGUAUGAUUUUUUUUUAUUUUUAAAGUGUUUAUGCCAAAAUAACUUCUCGAAAAAAUUGAAUGUACCUCACAAAACACAUAAUGGAGGUGUUGCUUUUUUUCCAGAGACUGCUAAUGAAAAAGGCUUUAAUUCAGAGCAGAAGUGUGCAGAGAGCACAACACGUUGCAGCG